AUGGCUUCACCCGACCCCCGGACCACAGCCAACCCGUCAUCCGACGACAUUGUAUUUAGCGAUUCCAAAGGCCAACACGAUGUCCUCCACAACUCAGACGAGGUCCGACGCACCGACACUACGGACAGGAUCAUCCAAGAUGCCAAAACAGCAACCGACAAGGAGCAAAAGAUGACGCUGUUGCAGGGCAUCAAGCUGUACCCAAAGGCGAUUGCGUGGAGCAUGCUCAUCUCGACGUGCAUCGUCAUGGAGGGUUACGAUGUCUGUCUGAUUAACAAUUUUUACGCCUUCCCCCAGUUUGCUCGCAAGUACGGCGAGGAGAUAGCGCCGGGCCACUGGGAGGUUCCUGCUCGCUGGCAGGCUGGUCUUAGUAAUGGCGCCAACGUGGGAGAGCUGAUCGGCCUUCUCAUCAAUGGAUACGUAUCAGAACGUUUUGGUUAUCGGUACACCGUUAUCGGUUGCUUGAUGCUCAUUUGCGCGUGGACUUCGCUGUUCUUUACGGCGCAGAAUGUCCAGACCUUGUUGGCUGCUGAGAUUCUUUGCGGUAUCCCAUGGGGCGUCUUCCAAACUCUCACCAUCACCUACGCCUCCGAAGUCUGCCCCGUCGCUAUGCGCGGCUACCUUACCACCUACGUCAACUUCUGCUGGGGCGUGGGCCAAGAAAUCGCCAUCGGAGUCAUCAUGUCCAUGCUUAAGCGCGACGACGAAUGGGCCUACCGAAUCCCCUACGCCCUGCAAUGGAUGUGGCCCGUACCUCUGGCCUUGGGAAUCUUCUUCGCACCCGAAUCGCCUUGGUGGCUCGUCCGCAAGGGUCGUCUGGAUGAUGCCAAGAAGUCUCUCCUCCGUCUGACCAGCGUGAACCGCGAAACCGAUUUCAAUGCGGACGAGACCGUCGCCAUGAUGGUUCACACCACCGCCUUGGAGGAGAAGACGACGCAGGGAGCGACCUUUUGGGAUUGCUUCAAGGGUCAUGAUCUCAGGAGAACCGAGAUUGUGUGCAUGGUGUGGGCGAUUCAGAAUCUGAGUGGAAACUCGUUCUCGAAUUACUCGACGUAUUUCCUCAAGCAGGCCGGCCUGGACGAUGACGACGCCUAUGCGUUUGCUCUCGGGCAGUACGCUAUCAACAUGGCGGGCGUGUUUGGCGCGUGGUUCUUGAUGAGCCGCGGCAUUGGACGGAGAGCUCUUUACCUGUAUGGGUUGUGCGGUCUAUUCUGCAUGCUCUUUGUGCUGGGUUUCCUUGGUCUUGUUCCCGAGGCGCACAACAGGGAGGCUUCGAUCGCGACUGGUAGUAUCAUGUUGGGCUGGGCUUUGGUGUACCAGUUGACAGUCGGAACGGUCUGCUACUCGCUUGUCAGUGAAAUCUCGACUAGAAGACUGCAGAUCAAGACCAUUGCUCUUGGUCGUGUGCUUUACAUUAUUGUCGGCAUCGUCACUGCCGUCCUCACACCCUACAUGCUCAACCCCGGCGCCUGGGACUGGUCCAACUUUACCGGUUUCUUCUGGGCCGGCAUCUGCUUCCUCUGCAUCAUCUACGUCUACUUCCGCGUCCCCGAACCCACCGGCCGCACCUUUGCCGAGCUCGACCUCCUCUUCUCAAAGGGCAUCAGCGCGCGCAAGUUCGCUGAGACCAAGGUGGAUGUAUUCGCUGAUGAGGCUGCGUCCCUUGAUAGCUCGGUGUUGCAUAAGUACGAGAAGGGCUUGAAUAUGUCCCAGACUGAUAGCAAGGCUAGUGGCAGUGGGGUAUAAAGGGAUGCCAACAUGGGAGACCGUACAAGCGAUGCGUAUACGGUCUCGUAGUUGAAUAGGGGCGUGGCUCCUUCGGACCGUGGUCAACCUGACCGAUCUGUCGCUCACUCUAAGAGGUGGGACAGUCAAGGAGUCGGCGAGGUGCAAAGCGGCAGCAUUUAUGGGUUGCGGAUCUAAUGGGGAGGUUGACACGAUUUCUG